UUUCAGUCCCCUCCAGGCAAGGUGACCGAUGCUGUGAAGGUAGCAAUUGACGUUGGGUACCGCCACAUCGACUGUGCCCACGUGUACCAGAACGAGAAGGAGGUGGGGGUGGCCAUCCAGGAGAAGCUCAGGGAGCAGGUGGUGAAGCGUGAGGAGCUCUUCAUCGUCAGCAAGCUGUGGUGCACGUACCAUGAGAAGAGCCUGGUGAAGGGUGCCUGCCAGAAGACGCUCAGUGACCUGAAGCUGGACUACCUGGACCUCUACCUGGUCCACUGGCCUACUGGCUUUAAGGCUGGGGAUGACUUUUUCCCAUUGGAUGGGUCUGGCAACGUGAUUCCCAGUGACACGGAUGUUGUGGACACAUGGGAGGCCAUGGAAGAGCUGGUGGAUGAGGGGCUGGUGAAAGCUAUUGGCAUCUCCAACUUCAACCAUCUCCAGGUCGAGAGGAUCUUAAACAAACCUGGCUUAAAACAUAAGCCAGCAGUAAACCAGAUUGAGUGUCACCCUUACCUAACUCAGGAGAAGUUAAUCCAGUACUGCCAUUCCAAAGGCAUUGUGGUGACUGCCUACAGUCCCCUUGGCUCUCCUGACAGGCCCUGGGCCAAGCCUGAGGACCCAUCCAUCCUGGAGGACCCCAGGAUCAAGGAGAUCGCAGCCAAGCACAACAAAACCACAGCCCAGGUUCUGAUCCGCUUCCCCAUACAGAGGAAUUUGGUGGUGAUCCCCAAGUCUGUGACACCAGAACGCAUUGCUGAGAACUUUAAGGUCUUUGACUUUGAACUGAGCAGCCUGGAGAUGACCACCUUACUCAGCUAUAACAGGGACUGGAGGGUCUGUUUCUUGGUGAGCUGUACCUCCCACAAGGAUUACCCCUUCCAUGCUGAGUUUUGAAGCUGUUGAUGCCUGUUCUUCCCCCCCAGGUGAUCUACACCUGUUUUUCCUGCCCCAUUUUUCUUUGCAAAGGUAGAAUGGCCUGUGUCCCUCAGCAGUGGGUUAGCAGUCUGCAGACUGACCAGUGAGGGCUUGUGUAGCUUGAUGUUAGGUCUGAAGAGCGGGAUCCAUAGAUUAGAAGUCUCUUCCAGUUUUCUUUGCCCUUCUACUUGCGCAGCUGGGAAGGGUACAACCUGAAUACCCUUUUUUGACCAAAGAGAAGCAAAAUCUACUGAGUCACAAUAGUGCCACUAACAGUUGAGUUUUGACUGCUUGGAACGGUAAUCUUUUCAGCCAGACUUCUCUUUGCCUCAAAUAAAGUGAUUUUGUGAACUUGA